AUGCGCGACUGAUUCCAAACAACAAUGGCGCUUGUCAGUGGAGCACAGCGUUUAAACCGUCUUGUCAACAGCCGUCCUUUCCUCAAAUGUUCCUCAUUUGGAGUCCGGUCAUUUGCUGAUCAUGUGUCGGCAAAAACGGCAGCAUCCAGCGCCCCUGAGACCUCGGUCGACCAUAUAAUCUACACGCCAGAGCACUUUGCAUUAAAGGAAUCCCUCAGAAAGAUAAUCGACCAGGAGAUUAACCCGUUUGUUGAUCAGUGGGAAGCAGAGGGGAAGUUUCCAGCCCAUAAAAUAUUCAAGAUCCUAGGAAACGCUGGAUUUCUUGGAGUUAACAAACCAGUUGAAUAUGGAGGCUUGGGAUUGGACUUCAGCUACAGCGUGGCUGUUUCCGAGGAGCUGGGUAGCAUCCGCUGUGGAGGCAUCCCCAUGGCUAUCGGCGUUCAGACCGACAUGACUACUCCCGCACUGGCCAGGUUUGGUUCAGCUGAGCUCAAGAAAGAGUUUCUGCUUCCAAGCAUCCUGGGGGACAAAGUUGCCUGCCUUGGAGUUAGUGAAGUUGGGGCGGGUUCUGAUGUGUCAAACAUUAAGACCAAGGCAGUGAGGAAGGGGGAUGAAUACGUGAUCAACGGGGGCAAGAUGUGGACCACCAACGGCAUCCAGGCCGAUUGGAUGUGUCUUCUCGCCAAUACCAGUGAUGGACCCCCACACAGGAACAAAUCCCUCAUUUGUUUGCCCAUGAACUUGCCAGGAGUCCACAUUGCCCGGAAGAUCGACAAACUGGGCAUGUGGUCAUCAGACACGGCCGAAGUGUUCUUUGAGGACGUACGCGUUCCAUGCAAGAACAUCAUUGGCCAGGAGGGCAUGGGUUUCACCUAUCAGAUGCUCCAGUUCCAAGAAGAGAGGCUCUGGGCUGUGGCCAAUAUCCUGACCACCAUGGACAUCGUCAUUCAGGAGACCAUCAACUACACUCGCCAGAGGAAGAUCUUCAGUCAGCCCGUCCUCUACCACCAGUCGGUCCAUUUCAGGCUGGCUGAGCUGCAGUCAGAGGUAGAGCUGCUGCGUGCUCUCCUCUACCAGGCCACAGCAUUGUAUAUCAAAGGCAAUGAUGUCACCAAGUUGGCGUCCAUGGCCAAAUUAAAGGGGGGCCGUCUGGCCAGGGAAUUGAGUGACAGCUGUCUCCAGUACUGGGGAGGGAUGGGCUUCACCAGUGAUGUGCUAGUCAGCAGAUUCUACAGGGACUCCAGGUUAAUGUCCAUUGGGGCAGGGGCCGACGAGGUCAUGCUCGGAAUCAUCUGCAAAUACAUGGACACGCUACCCAAGAAGUGAUGUCAUCAACUAGCCUGAUGGGAUUCUUCUCAAACUCAAUUUUAUAAAAAUCACUGAAGUGAACUUAAACUUUGCUAGAUGACAUGAAGUGCUGCCUUUUAACUGAAUGUGAUUAAAAGCAAAUAUUGCCAUUUGUCUAAGUAACAAAGUGACCUUUUAUUAGGGCAUGCUAUUUGUAUUGAUUUCAUGUAAAUAUUGCUCCUCCUUACCUACUACAAGAAUGACUAAAUAUGUACAGUAUACCAUUGUUCUGUCAUCAGGAGCUGAAAACAAACCGCUUUUUGAUAAACACUCAUUGGGUAAAGAUCAUAAAAUGUUUAUUUACAUUGAAAACAUGUAACAAUGUACUGUAGAAAUCACAAUGUUGCAUGCUGGUAUUUUGUACAGUUGGCAUACUCUAUAAUAUGCUUAUUAAUUCCUGAGAGCAAUUAAUCUAAACGAUGUCUCUCAGAGGGGAUUCUGUAACUCAGUGUCGUUUGCAUAAUACACUGAUUAUAAUACACACUCAGCUGUCAUUACUUUAUUUUGUCAACUAUGGCAUUUCUCAACUUGUAAUCAUGUUAUCUUCCAUGUUACACUGCUAAGUCUCAUCACAUAAGUCCCUGCACACCAAUAUAAAUUUGCUUACAUCAGCAGUGUAUUUUUGGAGAUGUGAAAUACAUAAGACCGUUUAGCCUUUAUUUUUUUUUUUAUCUGCUUGAGUCAUUCCGAGCAAGAAAGCGCUUGGUUCAAAGUCCACCGAGAUCCUGCUAUCCCCUCAACUUGAGGAACCAGUAGAGUACGAAGAAGACAAAAAAGCAGAAGAGCAGCAUGUAGCACAACAGUUUCGUCUGACUGCCUCUGGACAGCUGCUUGACCCGGCCAAUGGUGGCGCCGAGCAGCCCGCCUGUUGAAUCAAAGUCACUGUCCUAGUUUUGGAAUCAAAGAGACGUAAGAAAUCAUCAAUAUAACAAACUACUUGUUAAUAACAAAGACUGUGGUGAAGUGUUACUAGUUUAAUGAAGUACAGUGGAACCUGUUAGCGUGUUUUUCAGUUAACGUCAAAAAUGUAUGCCAAAAUUUUGUACAUUUUGUUUGGCGUACAAUAUA